GUUUAAACUCAUCUUUAUUCGUUAGCCUUAGCUUGUGUGUUAGCGAUUAGCAACGAUAUAUUUUGUAGUUUCACAUAAAUGCUAGUAUUCGAGCGUUUAAACGAAUGCGCGUACCAAACAGUUGUUUCUUUUUGCCUCUGCAAAUGCAAUUUCAUCUGUAAUUUAAUUCAGUAAAUGUGUUAGUGAUGUAAAAGUAGUUUGCUGUAGGAGUUUAAUAAUGUUUACAGAGCUGAACAGCAUCCUGAACGCCUCUCCUGACAGCAUAACACCGGGAGAGCUGAUCGUGGUUUCGGACAGGCAGAGUGAUGCAUCUUUCCUCGUACACCACUUUCUCUCAUUCUACCUACGAGCCCGAUGCAAAGUGUGUUUUCUGGGUCUGGUGCAGUCCUUUUGCCACUACAGUGCAGUCAGCCAAAGACUGGGACUCAGUUUAACACAAGCAAAGGAGAGAGGUCAGCUGGUUUUUCUGGAGGGACUGAAGGACUCUCUCUCCAUUCUGAUUCCCCAAGAACGCAACGCAGAAAGUCAAGCUAUGGACUUCCUCCAGGAUCCUGCUGCCGGAUUGCGGAGCCUGUACGAGUUUGUUCAGUCCAGCGUGACCGGAUCAGGCAGCAGCGAGGACUGGGGGCCGCCUGUGUUGCUGGUGGAUGACCUCAGUGUGCUGCUGAGUCUGGGGGUCAGCGCUGGGGCUGUAUUGGACUUCAGCCACUACUGCAGAGCAACGAUCUGUUCUCAGCUACAGGGGAAUAUGGUGAUGCUGGUGCGCUGCAGUGGAGAAGAAGAGGAGGAAGAUGGAGACGAAGGCUCAGAGAGGCUUCUAAAAGGCCUGACCCACCAGUGUACCCUCACUCUUCAUGUACAGGGUCUCCCCACUGGUUUUUGCAAAGACAUACAUGGACAGGUGGAAGUCUGUAGGAGGAGGAGAAGAGGGGAUUUGCAGCACAAUCAGAACAAGCUAUUUCAGUACAAAGUCCACGAUAAAGGGGCCUCUUUCUUUGCUCGUGGGACAUCCAGUGCUGUUCUCUAGUUUCAUGUUUAACAUCUUCAUGUGUACACAUACAUGGUAGCAGCUGUUUUAGUGUGAUGGUGGUUGGUUUGAUGUCCCGAUGGAGACCAUUCAGCAAACCCAUGUUCCCUGUUCACUCAGUGAAACUGUUAGCAUCCAGACGACUGAAUCACUCCAUUCCUUAUAAUUAAAAAGGACUUUUUACUUA